GUUUGUUUAUUUUGUUUGGAUAAAAUUUUCUUUUGGUGGAUGUUGGUCCCAUUACAAUUAAAUUGAUAUUGUUAAUGUUUGUCGAUUCAGUUCAGUUCUGUUAAUAGUUAAUUUGAUGAAAUAUGUAGCCCGUUUAAUGUGAUUCAUAAUUUCUUAAGAUUAUAAUCCUAUUUCUAUUCAAGAAUAAUUUAGUGCUAAUUCAAAAAAUAAUGAUAUGAAAUCAUUUAAACCUAAGAAAGUGUAAUCUAUACGAAAUAUAUAUAUAUUGUAUGAAUUGCUUUCUGUUUCGUAUUCAUAAAGUAUGAAUUUAUUUUUUGUUUACGAUACUGUAUAUUGUAAGGAGGAUGAAGAUGACCCCAAAGAUGCCAUUAUAUAUUUUUUCCCGGUGCAGGCAUCAGAAAGUCAUCGUUACUUUUUGUGUUGCCAACUUGUUGGUGUUGCCAAGUUUUUAAAAUCUGCAUUUUCUACACCAUCAAUUAUUGUAUUGGAUCAAGGCAAGUUUGCAUUUCUAUGGUCAGGUAAUUAUUUAUUGGUUCUUGGUGCAAAUUCUGAUAUAAGCUCAAAUGUACUGAAAGAUCAGCUCUCAUUUUUAUGUGGAAUAUUUUGCUUUUACCAUGGCAGUAUUAAUAAUGUUCUCAAGGCUUGUGAUAACAACCGUGACGAAUUUUUAAGUCGGAUGGAAUUAGCAUGGUCACGUUACAUUACUCUGUCACAAUGUUUUGGUAACGUUCUUCAACUCUCUAUGAAUGCUUUGCCACUAAAAUCUUACAAAAAAAAUUCUCAUGUUAUAGCAAUUGCCAAUCGUUUGUUGCAUGUGUGUCAGUUGAGCUCAUCUGUCACAGCUGGAUGUGUUUUCCACAAUAGCAGGGUCCUGUCCACACAGUUUUUGCCUCAGUUAACGAAUUAUUUGUCUCUUCUAUCAAACACUAAUGCAGCUGCUCCUGUAACCAAUGCCAUUCAUGUAUUGAGAAAUUUACCACCUGAUGUUGAGCUUAAAUAUGUUUAUUUAAAACCCAAGGCUGUAUCAAACAUCUUGAAAUACAAUCACACUUCAGUUGGUUCUCGCAUACGAGUGAAAACAAGCACUAAGAUGCCUGUGCAGUCCUUCAGUCCUUCUUCAAGAGAGCAUCUGAGUUCUGGGUCGGAAGGGGAUGUUGAUUCCGGAAAUUGCAGCGAAAGCGUCCAAUCGAACAAAGACGAAAGUGCCUUUGCAAGAAAGUCGAAGCGUUAUUCGUCCCUCAAGUCUUCAAAACAGAAGAGGCUUUGUACCGUUUCUUGCUGUGUGGGGCAUUGUAGGCUUUUCGAAAAAAAUCUGAUUGUGAGCCGGAAUUUGAGUUUGGCAUCGUAUUUUCAGAGCUUUGGGCAUCAGGCAAAAGACAGCAGUACGGUGGAAGGAGAGAGAACGAGAGUCUUUUCAAAGUCUGUGAAUAGCCUACAUAGAGAAAAGAACCUGACAUAUUGUGCUGUCAAUGUGCUUUGCCAUUCCCAUGCCCGGCUAUGGGCAUGCAGUUUUGUAUCCAAAUCCAAGAUGCAGCAUACUAAUAUGAUGAGCAGUUGCGAUUUGGAAUUCAGGUGUACUUUGUGCACAAACUGUCACACUUCCAUUAGACUGAAUAAUGUAUCUCUCAAACACUGGAACUCCGAUGUAAAUAUAUCUGGAUACGCGCAUCAUCAAUGUGCAUGUGAACUCUUGACAUCUAAGCCAUGUGAAGGUCAUUAUUAUUCCGAUCGCACUGAAACACCAGAAGAAAUUUCAAAAAUCCAGGUUCUGAAGUGCCGUACUUCCAGUGACACUAGUAGUAGAAAGCCUUAUUCUACCAGGCGACCUGUUCUGUCAAGGCGAGCUACUAUUGAUGUUGGCGUUCCAAAUUAUAUUAAAAGGAUGCCAGUAGGAAGCCAAAGCUUCGAUUGUGCGCCUAAUCCUAUCGAUGUUGAUAGGUUAGAAAGUAACGAGUUCCAGAAACAUGUUCUUUAUGUACAAAGAUAUGGAAGCAGUACUCUUGUUCUACUCCUUCACAAAGUCUUUGAUGAAAAAGUAAUUAAUUACUUGUGGAAUUGCGGUUUCACCAUUCUUAGAGAGCUUGAAUACAAUGCAGAAAAGCAAGAAAUGGAAAAAUCAUACGAAUUGGAGCCAACAUUUUACCUUCUGCUCUACAAUUAUGCCCAUAAAGUUUUAAAAGAGUAUCCUCAUUUCCCGUCUUUACUUCUUACUGAGAAACAUUCCAGAAAAACCAUUCAGCAGAUCCAAGAAGAUUUUCAGAAUGAUCCCAAGUUCAAAUCCAUUUGCCUUUUGUCUUCCAACCACAGCAUGUUCGCCUGCCAGAGCGAUCACAGUCUCGCCCUCUAUCUUCAGCCGGAAACAGACACCCGGAAAGUGGAUCCUCUCUACCAUCUCAGCAAGAAGGCGUCUCGGAGGCUGGGAAAAUAUUUCAAGUUGACUCUGUAAAUUCACUGUUCUCAAUGAAGCCAUUUUUUUUUUUUUUUCGAUUGGUUGCCAAACCGUGCAAAUUAGUUUUGUAAUAUGUUCGUCCCAUCAAAAAAAAAAAAAAAAAAAAAAAUGUUGACUCUCUUCUAUCAUACCUCUAUGUUAUGUCUGUUUGUGAGUCUUUUUAUUGUAGUUUAAUUGUACUUAUCUGUUAUGCACAAAAAAUGUCACCCCAUAUUUAGGCCAAAAAGUUUUUAAAUUAUAAUUUUUAGAAUUUAAAAAAUGAAAAGAGGUAAGAUAAUAUAGAUAAAAUAGAUAACUAGCAGUCAUCGUUUGAAGGGAAAGCGAGCGCAACGAGACGUUCCCUGUCUCCUUGAAUUUUACAAAGAGCGAUCUAGCAUCGUCGUCAUAUCUGAUAGCUUGGCAUUGGAGGCAGCCUUAUCCGUAGGAUAUAACGGUGUCCCUGCGCGUUGGCUGUGCUUAGUAGAAAGAAAAGGAAGAGCGUCAGACGUGUUGUGUUUUAAAGAAACAACAAAGAGCGUUCCGGCAAAUUUACCGCAAGAAACGAAUGAAGACAUUCGUAGAACUAUUGUGUGAUCCUGCCUGCCCCCCCCCCCCUCCGGGCCAUACUAAGUCUGAUAGUUGAGAGUCUCCCGUAUCCAAAAUACAUUAUUUUUAAAAUUUUAUCAGUCAUCAUAAUUUUUUUAUAAUAAUCGAAAUCGUUUUAUGUACGAAAUGUGGAAUUCAGCAUGCUACAAGGUCAAGAAAAAUCAUAAAACAUUUGCAUUUAUUGAUCAUAAAGUGCAUUAUGUUUAAUUCUAUUCCGUUGGAAUGAUUUUUUUAAAAAACAAUAGAUCCUUUAUCUACCGUAUUGACCUUUUGAAGUUGCGAAUGAAUUUUUAGCUGUCUUCCCAAGUGCCGCCACCCUUUGAAGACAGGACAAACAGAGUAGUUAUCAGAACUAGUUAUUGACGCACUAAGAUAGAAUGCUAACCUUCGGUUUCCCGUUAACCUUUACGCAAAAUUCUGUGCAAAAGUGAAUGCUUGGAUGCGCAUAAAAUUUCUUUUGGAACCUCUUAUGCUUCUUUUCAAAACAAUUCUUUAUCAAUCGUGUCAAUAAUUCCGAUUUAAAAUGAGAAAACAAAAUAAUAAUAAUAAUCGCACGAUGGUAGAUCCUGACUGUUUGAAACAUGACGCACGUAUUUAUAUUUUGUUUCACCAGUUAAUAUGCCUCAAUGAUAGAAAUUUGAAGAACUGCUUUAACAUGAUGUUGGCAACUGAUGACUAAUCAUUAUUUGUCAUUGCAAUAUUGAAAAAAAGGAAUGCACAGAUGCUUUGAAAAAAUAUGAUGAAUUGAUCAAUAUAGAUUCAUAAAUAUAAAAAUUCCUGUUGAUUGUCAGUUUGAAAUUAUAAUUCUGAUUAAAAUGAGGGAGCAAAAUAAGAUCACAAGGAGCUUAAUUUGGAAUGUAUGGAAGGCGCGGUCGGCGUUUUGUUCGGCCUAACACUGAGCAACAGUGGCAGAAAUUUAAGUUGUGCCAGUCAAAUAGAGAGAUGAUAACUGGUCAUUAUAUUUCGUUUCAUAUUUGUUUGGAGAACACAUAAAUUCAAAAAAAAAAAAAAGCGUCAAUUAGGUUUCAUCUUUUUAAAAAGUCGCAAUGAAAGUGUCCUCUUUUUAAUGAAAUUGUUCAUGUAUAUGCAUAAAAAUAUUUAUUUAAAAAAAGCAACUAAAUUAUUUUUUGGAAGAGGAACUAAGUAACAGGGGGAAAAAAUUAGCACAUACUCAAUGUAUGUGUUUGCGUUAAUUUUCAUUCAUUUUUGUUUUGAGUGUAUUGCCAAAAGUUCGGAAUCUUUUUAAUGAAGGGAAAAAACAUUCUUCAUUGUUAUAAUGUCUUAUACUAUAUUUCGUUUUUUCUAGUUCUUGUACUGAUUGUAUUCUGUACUUCAUAAAUAUGUAUUUGUGUAUGUGCUAAAUACACUAGCUAAACUGAUUUUUAAACUAAAAGAAAAAUCCUGGUGACAUUUCCUGAACUAUAUUUGUAUAAUGUGAUAACUUCAAAGUAUGUUGGAAACCACAUAUUUCAUGCCAUGAAUCGGAAUACAUGUAAAUAGAAUGCAGAAAUGUGGUGUAUAUAUAUAUAUAUAUAUGCUGUUUUAUGAAACUAUAUAUUUGUAUGUUAGCAAAUUUUAUUACCUUUCUGUAUUACUUUAAUGAAAGAAAAUGAGUAUUUGUCAGUAUUUAUAUUGCUUGGUUUUGCAGGUUAACAUUGCAUGAUAUUUCGGUUGAAAUCUGUUUCAAUGGACGUCUUUAGUUUGGCGUCAAUAUGGCAUCUCAAACAAUGAAACACAGUAAUUCCACGAACAACCCUUUAGCAAAGCUUUGCUGCAUCGUCUGUCUUCGAAGCCAUCUUGCCUUAUAACAUUGGCGACUUGGCAUCAUUAGAGAUAUCAAUGGGCACACUAAAGUAGAUUUCAAUUGGGAUUUCUCUUGCUACUUAUAUCUUAGUACUGAUGAUUAACGAAUAAUCUCGCCUGCAUUUUAUAAUCUACCAGAAGGGGAACUUUUCAUCCUACUCGCCUUAUUUUAUCAAGUCUUUGAAAAAAUAUUGGUGCUAUUCCGUCUGCAGGGUUCUUGAUAGCACCAGAAAAGCAUGCGAAAUCAUAGCGUUAACUUUCAUCAGCAAAAUAUCAUCCAUUGAGUGUAGACGUUUAAUGGAAUAGCACCAACUUUCAAGUUUGGUGACAAGUGGAGCUCCGCUUAUGAAAGAGAGUCAGUCUGUUUUUUUGUUUAAAUAUUUCUGAUUUUAGGGAUGUGUUACUAAACUAUUUUAUUACAUAAAAGUGUUAUUAUAAGAGUGCGAAAAAUGUGGGUAGAAAUGACUAACACGAUACUAUCGCUGGGUUUGAAAUUUUUCUAGCAAUAACUUGUCAAAUUUGAUAUUAGAUUUAACAUGACUAAAACCUAAUAAUGGAUCAUGUCUUGCCGACAAAAUCGUAGUGUGUUCUUAAAUGCAACUAAAAUGUGCAGUAAUGUGAAACGUGCUGAAAUUAAAACAGACAUUACUUUUGCAUUCAAUUUUUUCUGUGAUAUCAUUAUAUACAUUCCAUUAAAUAAAUAGACUUCCUCAUUGAAGUGCAGAUUAUAGAUAUAGGUUUAUUUAUUAGAGAAAAAUUAUAGCUUAAGACUGUAGUAUGGACGCCAAAGGUGAAAUUCUUUAGGAUGAUUUCUACCUGCAUAUGGUAAUUCCUAUGGCUUAUUGUAGAGAUUUAGUGAGUAUUUUUUGUGAUUGUUGAUGUUGGACACUCUUAAGUGUUGCCAUAAAAGAAUAUUAUUAAUAAGUCUAUUUUCAUUUGAGCGAUAAUAAAGUAAAACUCAUCCCGGUUCAUUGAGACCAGACUUGAUUUUGAAUCAUCAAAUGUUCAAAUAAUUGAUGAAGGGAGGGGGACAUUAUUUCCCGGGGGGGUAAGAAUUUGCUUGUAGCAUAUUCAUUUGAUAAUUCCGAAAGCAUUAUCAUUUACAUUUUUUAAUCUUAACGCACUAUUGUCACUGAAUAUGUCAGUCAAAUCCCAUUUUUAUUGGGGAGUUGUUUUUUUUUCUGCGGAUUCCCCUUUCAGAGUGAUCCGGAUGAUUUGAGUUUGAUUGUGACUUCCAGUCUGAAUGUAUACUUCUGCUUGGUUAUAUUUUUAUUCAUUUUGACUUGUUUCUUGUCUGUAAAGAUGGAAUUUUUCAGUCGAUUUGUCUUCAUGUACUGAAGUUUUGUGCACUUUUAUAUCCUCGAUCACAACGAAUCACAAUUUCUAUAUUUCUGAACUUAGAUAUCACAGUUAAUGGAUUCAUUUUUAAUCAAACAAUGGCGCCGUCUGAUAAUGAAUUUAAGAAAAAAUCAUUACAACUCUCGAUUAUCACUGGCGCCAAAAUGUUUUUUAAUAAAAGCUUCAAUCGCAAAAAAAAAGUAAACUUUUAAACGUAUAACGUAUAUAUAAUAUUCAAUUGUUUAUCGAGUCUCGUAUGCUUGGACCAACAACUUAAAAAAAAAUUCUCAAAAGCAUCUUCGAGUUAUUUUACCGCCUUCUGCCAUUUUCGAACUGUCCACUGUUACCGUGUACCAUAGAGCCAUUGAUAAUCGAGAGUAUAUUGUAUUUAUAAUGAUGAAUUAUAAAUGACAGCCUAAAAAAAGUAGAAAAGAAUCCAUAUGAAAUGAAUUCUAUUCUGUAGUGCUUUAAUAAAAAUGUGUUCUCAAAAACGGAUUUUGUUACGUUUAUUUCUUCACUUAUGUCACAGCGCAAAAUGUCGCAUUUCAAAAAUGAAAUGUAGUAGAAAUCUGCUGUCCAGUAUCUUUUCAUAUCAUCCAUUAAACGAAUGAGAAACUAUAUUAAGGAAAUGUUACUUAUUAUG